AAAAAAAGACAUCAAUAACUAUGAAAGACAUAAAUCUUUGGGGCCGGGUAACGCGUCGUUAUUCUGUAGUGAGUACAAAUCCAAAUGUGGUUAGUGAACCGGAUCCAAAAAAUGCCUCAGCUGCGGAUGAUUAUGAUGUGGUUGAUUUAUCCAAAUGUCAUGUUUAUAAUAAAACUACGAUAGUUAAUCGUAUGAUUGAUCAAAAGUUAUGGCCUAAGGGUACUUUUAUGUUCCUAUUGUUGGGAUUGUUGGGGAUUUUAUCAGGCUGUUUCUUUUUAAUGGUGCAUCCAUACGAAUUAAUUUUCAAUUGGAAAGUCCAAUUUAGUGAGGGAUCCGAAAUAUACGAAUUAUGGAGAAAGCCACCAGUUAAUUUAUAUUUAAGAGUUUAUUUAUUUAAUGUCACAAAUGCAGAAGCCUUUUUAAGAGGCGAUGAAAAAUUAAGAGUGGAAGAAGUUGGUCCAUAUGUCUAUGAAGAAAAUUUGGAACAUGUUAAUGUAACUUUUAAUGAUAAUGGGACGUUAUCAACUAUACCAAAGCAUCCAUUAGUAUGGAGACCAGAUUUGUCGCAAGGACGCAGAGAAGAUGAUAUUUUAAUUUUGCCACAUAUUGCACUUUUGAGUAUAACGCAUGUAAUGCAUGAUGCUUCGUACUUCACACGUCUUGGUUUAAAUCUUCUUAUUCGUCAAACCAAAACUGAACCUUUGGUGGCAAUGACUGCAAAAGAAUUUAUGUUUGGAUAUGAAAGCUCUUUGGUUACUCUUGGUAAUAAUGUCAUGCCUAAUUGGAUUUCCUUUGAUAAAUUAGGACUUAUUGAUCGGAUGUAUUUCUUCGAAGGCGACUACGAAACUGUAUAUACGGGUGAAUCAAAUAUUAAACAUACUGGAUUAAUAGACACAUAUCGUGGAUCACGUAAUUUACCACAAUGGCCCGAAGAACAUUGUAGCAAUGUAAAUUUAGCAUCAGAUGGUACCAAAUUUUUGGGCGGCAUCGAAGAAGGUGAAGAACUGUUGUUCUACAGAAAGAGUUUAUGCCGAGCAGCACCUCUUGUAUUACAAAAUAAAACUGAAAUAAAUGGUUUAACGUCCUGGCAAUAUACCUUUAAAGAUAACAUUUUGGACAACGGUGAAUUUAUUAAGGAAAAUAAAUGUUUCUGUCGAAACGGGAAUUGUUUCAGACGUGGAUUGAUCGAUGUGACUGACUGUUAUUAUGGUUUUCCAAUUGCAUUAAGUUAUCCACAUUUUUGGGACAGUGAUCCAUCAUUAGUGGAAGAAGUUGAAGGAAGUUAUCCAGAUCAACAUAAACACCAGACAUUCUUCCAUAUUUCUCCGGAUUCUGGAUUACCAUUAAAUAUAUCCGUAAAAUUCCAAAUCAAUAUGGCAUUAGGACCUAUUGCCCAUAUGGCUCAUGUUGAACGAUUUGCAAAUAUGGUUUUACCACUUUUAUGGUUCGAUAUUCAUAUGUAUGAAUUACCAGAACCGUUAAAUAAUCGUUUCAAAUUAUACUUAAACUAUUUGCCAGUUGCUGAAAAAAUGGGAAUGUAUGCAUCGUUCUUCAGUGGUAUUUUCUUUAUAGUUACUGUUAUAUAUAAAUUAUUAUACUCAAAUCGCGCAGCAAUUGCACAAAAUCACAAAAUCUCAAAGAACAAACAACAUCAUUGGCUUGACCAAAAUAUGACAAAAAGUGUUGAGAAUCGUUUAAAUGAUUAUAUAAAAGUUGAACGACGUAAUAGCAUGACUAACAAAGAAUUAGAAAUCUAUUAUAAUGGUUUGGUAACACCAUUAAAUCAAGACAUUGCCGAAGAAGACUUCGCUAAUAUGAAAGAAGAUAUUGUAUGAACAAAUUUAAAACAAAAUUGUAGCUCAAGCUUUCAAGAUUUUCACUGACGUAAAGGAGUUUAUCUGUUUACCCAAUUCCAUGUAAAUAACUUAAUCAUAGAAUUUUACUGAUAAAUAUUAGUUAAUCGUAUAAUUAAUGAAAAACAACAAAACGGCUGGUCCGAUUUUGCUAGUUAUUACCAGUAAAUCAAAGUUAUGACAUGGUGAAACAUUGUAGUAAUAUUUUCGAUACAAAAUAAGUUCAUUUCCAGCGAAACGUCUAAAAAUGAACACAGUAGGCGUACUUUUUUGUUUUGAUCUGACAGCUGAAUGAUAAUAAUAAUAAUAGGUGUUUCAAUCUUUUUGAAGAUGUCGUAAAAGUUUACGCAAUAAGUUGAAAAAUUUUUGCUUAGAUCAAAAUGAAAUUUUUUUUUUAUCCAGUUCAUCAUGCAUAUCAUUAUUGCUCAUUUAGGGAGACAUGUCUCAAAAAAUUGCUCAAUUUGAAUUUUCAAUUAAUUAUUUCUACAGAAAAGUAUUAUUAAUGAUAUAUUUAGUACAGUUUUUAAUCAAUUAGACCGUGAACCCACAAUAAAGCGAAAUUUCUACGAUUAUUUUUUGCAGCUAUUAAAAGGAUUUAUACAGGUAAAUUUGGUUGAUUUAUACAGGAAAUAAUGAGGGAUUAAUCGUGCCUUGAUGGUCGAAUUUAGGAGGGUUUAAUAGAGUCAUUGUCUGCACAAUGCGUUCUAAACAAUCGCAGGAAGCUUACAACUGUUGAAAGGAUUAGAUAAUGGUUUUGUUUAUAGAACUACACUUCAUUUUUCAUUCCUUACUUCCUUCAAACUGACUUCCUGACAUAUUACUAUCAAUAACUUUCUUUUAAUGUAUAUAUAUAGGGUAGACAAAAAAAUUUGUGGAAAAUCACAAAUUCGACAAUCCAGCCACGAUUAAACUCAUAAUUUUAUCAAUUAUUAUCAAUCCUCAAACAUUCAGACAAAGGAAGUCGUACGAAUUUCUUUAGAUUAUGAGCUUAUACCCCUGAGGGUCUGCAUAGUUAUUAUUGUGUUUUUAUUCAUUUGAUUGUUUGACUUACAGUUUGCGACCAAAAAUUUUUUAAUUUUAGUCAAACUUUCCAUCAAAUAUUUUGACGCGAAUUCUCAGUUUGUUAAGAUUUAUAAUUUUAAAAGUCUCGAAGUUUUAUGGAAGGUAAUAUGGGUUUUAUUUUAUGAUAAAGUUGUUUACAUUUCGAAAUUCUACUUGGGGUAAUCAAAUAUUAAAAAUUUGCUGAAUUGAAACAAAGUUUUUGGCUGUUCUUUAUUGACCAAACAUUGUUUCUGUUUCCAACAGUUAUUUUUUACCAAAAUUUUGAACUACGGUUAUUAAGAUAUUUUUUUAAAAGUAUACCGUAUUCAAGAUAAUUGUUUCCAGUAAUUAAGUAUCGAAUUUAAUCUAUUUAUUUAUUGUGAUCAAUGCCUAGAGUUGUUAUAUUUCUUGCCAAAUAUUGCCACAAAUAAUUUAUUGAUUUUACAGAAACAAUUUAAGAUAAUUGAAUUUACAAUCAAAACCCCAAUUUUUUCAUUUUAUGAAAAUAAAUUUAUCAUGCAAUCAAUUACCCUGUAAAAGUUACAAAAUUUAUAUUGUUAUUUUGAACCAUGUUCUUGCCAGUCAUGCUAAAACGUCACACAAAUUUUAUUUAUUUAACCG